AUGCAGCCCGGGGGCUCUGCACACCUGCGACGCCGCGUCUCCGCUGUGGGCUUGGCUGCAGCCGCCGCGCGUUAUUGGCUGCCGCCGUGCCUGACGCCCCCACGUCAGUUUCACGGUCGUACGGGCAGAGGUGACCUAUUCUUUGUAAACGCGGAUGCCCGUCGUCACAACGGGCGAACCCUCGGCCAGCUGCGCGGGCUACGCCACGGCAGCCAGGCCACCUCCCCCGAAAGCGGCCAGUUGCAUUACAAGAAGCUCAUGUCGGACGCGGUGGGCGAAGCAGCCAGGUCUGGGUCCGAGCAGUACCGACAUGCCGCUUGUACGUGGUCCUACCUCCUCCCCUCCUUGUUGCGCUGCGCGGAGUUGGCGGUCGCCGAAAAACUCUGGUCGAAGUUAUCUCGUCUUGAAUUGAAUGCGAAAAAAGAAGAAGCGGCGUUGCUUACAGGGCGUGAGAAGCAAAGUGUACAGAGCGGACAGGAUUUGUUUCGGUACGAGCUUCACCAGCGUUUGCCCUUGCUUGAGGAGUCUGUGUUUUCUGCCGAGCUCCACGAGCUGGUAAGCUGGUUCACUGUGGCUCGACGGGCCUGGGUUCGACUCCCCACCACCUCCCCGUCACACUCUGCAGACAUCUCUGCCGAUGAUUUGGCGUUGAUGGAGCGUGCCUUUCUUCCAUCGCGUGACGUCUUCUCGGCCGUUGCAGCUCCCACCGCGUUCAGGGACACCACACCUGAGAGUUGUCAGACAUACGACAUGGCGCUGCGUGUGGCACGGCUGACGGACGUCGUCAUUGUUCGUGUGAGCGAGGAAAUGCUCCGCCUUGCCAACGCUGAGGGCGUUGGGGAGGGUGGUCGGAAAAGCGCACGUCUCAUAGCGAAAGAGAAGAUGAUGCGGCAACGCCUUGUGGAUGAACUCUGCUGGCACGGCAUCCCCUACCAGGCGGUGGUUUCCAGUAACGAGAUGGAAGGGGGCGAUGGGGAGGGUGCAAGGCCGUGCAAUGCACCCACGGCACCGGCUUCCGCACCAAGUGCGGAAACGGGGGCAGAGCACCACACAAGCACUGAAAGAAAAGAGAGAAAAUGUGUGCCCGUUUGA